AUGUCCUCAUCAAUUUUGAAAAGCAGUAGCAUUAAAAGUUAGCUUAUCAAAACUGCAAAGGGAACUAGGGAUAUGCUUCCUGAUUAAAUGUUCAUCAAGGAUAAGGUUCUUAGUCAAAUAAAAGAUAUAUUCAAGUUACAUGGAGCUGUUGAAAUAGAUACUCCAGUUUUUGAAAGACGAGAAGUAUUUUAGGAAAGAUAUGGGGAGGCCAAUAAAUUAGUUUAUAACUUAGAUGAUUAAGGAGGGGAAUUAUUAUCUAUGAGAUAUGAUCUAACAGUCCCUUUUGCCAGAUUUAUGGCUACUCAUAAUAUUCAAAAAAUAAAGAGAUUUUAGAUUGGAAAAGUUUAUCGAAGAGAUUAGCCUAAUUAGACAUCAGGGAGAUAUAGAGAAUUUUACCAGUGUGAUUAUGAUAUGGCUGGAUAGUAUAAGCCUAUGGUGGCAGAUGCUGAGGUAUUGAAGGUCUUUUGUCAAUAGCUUAAGAAUCUGGAUUUAAAAUUCAAAAUCAAACUAAACGACCGAAGACUUCUAGACUAUGCUAUAAUUGAAAAAGCUUUAUGCAAAUAAGAGCAAUUCAAUUCAAUAUGUACCUCUCUUGAUAAAUUAGAUAAAGAACCAUGGGAAAGUGUGAAAGAAGAACUUAAAUUAAAAGGGUUAGAUCAAGAUUAAAUUAUGAAAAUAAAAGAAUUCAUCGAUAUACAAAGCGAAUCAAGUGUCAAAACUCUUGAAUAGUUAAGAUAUUUAUACCCAAACAAUAAAAUACUAGAUGAAAUUCAGCUUCUAAUAAGAUAUUUAGAGGAGAUGGACUGUCAAGAAAAUAUUCAACUAGAUCCCUCAUUAGCACGAGGUUUAGAUUAUUACACAGGCAUGAUUUUUGAGGCUGUAUUAACAGGAGAGGAGAGAAAUCUAGGUAUUGGUAGCAUUGCUGCUGGAGGGAGAUAUGAUAAUUUAUUAGGCUAUUUUUCUAAAAAUUAAUCUAUUCCCUCUGCAGGAGGAUCUCUUGGUAUUGAGAGGAUAUUCAAUAUACUUGAGGAUAGACAUAAGAAAAGUAAGAGUAUUAUAAACAAUGUUGAUGUUAUUAUUGGUUCAAUGGGAGAAGUAGAGAGCCUUUAAUUGAUGAGAUUAGCAUCAUUUCUAUGGGAUAAUAAUAUUAAAGCUGAUAUAAUUCAUGAAAAGAUUAGAUUUAAGGAUUAAAUUUAGCAAGCUAUAAGCAAGGGCGCAAAAUAUAUGAUUGUUCUAGGAGAGGAUGAGCUGAAACUUAAUAAAGUUUUGAUAAAAAAUCUAAAUGAAAAGUCUUAAUUAGCUCUUGAUUUUGAAAAACCCUAAAUCAUAGAAUUUAUUAAAAAAGGCUUAUGA